CUUGCGCGCGCGCACAUCCUGCUCCUGUAUUUCGGUCGCGCUGGUCCGGGGCUCGCGGUGAUGCCAGUGUGAUGCCAGUGUGAUGCCAGCGUGAUGCCAGCGUGUCCAGCGGGAGAAUGGCGUCGCGCGCGGCUGCCUGGGUGACGCGCGCUGCCGGCCUCGCGCUCUCCGGUUCAUUUCUGUCCGUUUUGUGAUUCCUGGGCGCGCGCGGUCUGCCGAGAACCACAAGCCUCCCGCUCCAUGACGGUGGAACAUGUCCUAUGUUCCCUUCCAAGAUGCCAGGUGUGCCGCGCCCCCCUUCUACUACCACCAUCAUCACCGCUCCCACGCCCACGCUGCCCACUCUGCCCACGCUGCCCACUCUGCCCACUUUGCCCACGCUGCCCGCGCUCCAUACGACCACGCCAGCCGCCCGUCUUUUGACAGACCUCCUCACAGCCGUCCUUCGUUCGACAGACCUCCGCCUCACGCCCGCCCGUCCUUCGACAAAGCGCCGCCCUCUCGCCCCUCCUUCGACCGACCUCCCCAUCACCACCGUCCGUCGUUUGACCGCCCGCCUCACGCCCGCCCGUCCUUCGACAAAGCGCCGCCGGCUCGACCCUCCUUCGACAAAGCCCCGCCCACUCGCCCCGUGUACGAGCGCCCGUCCAGAGAACGCCCAGGCCCAGAGCGGUGGGCCCCCCGUGUGCGUGUGAGCCCCGCCAACACCGUCUACAUGUUGGACCAGGAGGAGGUGCACCCGCUCCUGAUGCGGGAGCGGCGCUCGGAGAGGAACAAGCUGCUGCGUCGAACAGUGAGCGUCCCGGUGGAGGGACGUCCCCACGAGACGGAUAACCGGCCGCGCAGGAAGAGCAUUGCCACAGGGAAGCAGCCGAGCAUGGACGUGUCUCCCACUGCCCCUCUUCAACCCUUCCGACAAUCCAGUUUCCUCAGUAAAAGACUAAAGGGCUCCAUCAAACGCGCCAAGAGCCAACCCAAACUCGACCGCUCCAGCAGCUUUCGCCACAUGAUCCUCCCCCGCUUCCGCAGUGCCGACCAGGAGAGGACCCGCCUGAUGCAGAGUUUCAAAGAGUCCCACUCCCAUGAGUCCUUGCUGUCUCCGAGCAGUGCGGCGGAGGCUCUGGACCUCACGCUGGACGAGGACGCCAUCAUCAAACCCGUCCACUCCAGCAUCCUGGGACAAGAGUACUGCUUCGAGGUGACCACGGCGUCAGGGACCAAGUGCUUUGCCUGUCGCUCUGCGGCCGAGAGGGACAAGUGGAUCGAGAACCUCCAGAGAGCAGUGAAACCCAACAAGGACAACAGCCGGAGAGUGGACAACGUGCUCAAACUGUGGAUCAUCGAGGCCAGAGAACUUCCUGCCAAAAAGCGCUACUACUGCGAGCUGUGCCUGGACGACAUGCUGUACGCCCGCACCACCAGCAAACCCCGAACCGACACCGUCUUCUGGGGCGAGCACUUCGAGUUCAACAACCUGCCCGCCGUCCGAAACCUGCGCCUCCACCUCUACAAGGAGACGGACAAGAAGAGACGCAAGGAGAAGAGCACGUACCUGGGCCUCGUCAGCAUCCCCAUCUCCAGCAUCACGGGCCGUCAGUUCGUGGAGCAGUGGUACCCGGUCAUCCAGCCCAGCGUCCUGACCAAAGGGGCGGGGGUGGGCGGGGCCAAAAUCAUCAACGCAUCGUUACGCCUCAAGUCCCGUUUCCAGACCAUGAACAUCCUGCCCAUGGAGCUGUACAAGGAGUUCGCCGAAUACGUCACCAACAACUAUCGGACGCUCUGCGCCGUCCUCGAGCCCGUCCUCAGCGUCAAGAGCAAAGAGGAGGUGGCCUGUGCACUGGUGCACAUCCUGCAGAGCACCGGCAAGGCCAAGGACUUCCUGUCCGACAUGGCGAUGUGUGAGGUGGAUCGCUUCAUGGACCGAGAGCACCUCAUCUUCAGAGAGAACACUCUGGCCACCAAAGCCAUAGAAGAGUACCUCAAACUGAUCGGACACAAGUACCUCAAGGACGCCAUAGGGGAGUUCAUUCGGGCCUUAUACGAGUCGGAGGAGAACUGUGAGGUUGACCCCAUGAGGAUUCCUCCGUCCGUCCUCUUGGACCAUCAGGCAAACCUGCGCAUGUGCUGUGAACUCGCCCUCUGCAAGAUCUUCAACUCUCAGUGCGUGUUCCCUCGCGAGCUGAAGGAGGUGUUUGCGUCCUGGAGAGUGCGCUGUGCCGAGCGCGGUCGUGAGGACAUCUCCGAGCGCCUGAUCAGCGGCUCUCUCUUCCUGCGCUUCCUGUGUCCGGCCAUCAUGUCCCCGUCGCUCUUCAACCUGACGCAGGAGUACCCCGACGAGCAGACCUCGCGCACCCUCACGCUCAUCGCCAAGGUCGUGCAGAACCUCGCCAACUUCUCCAAGUUUGGCACUAAAGAGGAGUACAUGUGCUUCAUGAAUGAGUUCCUGGAGAUGGAGUGGUGCACCAUGCAGCAGUUCCUCUUCGAGAUCUCCAACCUGGACAGUGUGAGCAGCGCCGGCGGCUUCGAGGGCUACAUCGACCUGGGCCGCGAGCUCUCCAUCCUGCACAGCCUCCUCUGGGAGGUCCUGGCGCUGCUCAGCAAGGACGCGAUCAUCAAACUGGGUCCGUUGCCGCGUCUCCUGACCGACAUCAGCAUGGCCCUGAGGAACCCCCACCUCCAGAGGCAGCCCAGCCACCAGGAGCGCCUCUCCAGACCCAGCUUCACCCGCGGAGUCUCCUCAGACUUUCACAACCUCCUGAUGAGGGACCUCAACAGCUCUGUAGACAUCACGCGCUUGCCUUCCCCCACCUCCACCGGAGGCAUGAUGCCCUCUCGCUCUCAGAUGAGUUUUCAGGAGCGUGACCUUCAGCGGGCGUCGUCCAAAGACAUAUUUUAUAUGUCCCGCCCUCCCCUGGCGCGCUCCAGCCCCGCCUACUGCACGAGCAGCUCCGACAUCACAGAGCCCGACGCCAAGGAUUCCAGAAUGAACAGCGUGUCUAACCUGCAGUCGGUGGACAUGCUCAACUCCUCCCAGGCCUCCAUCGCCGGUAUGGGCAGCUUCGGAGGGCUGAGCGGCGGGGGUGGCCUGGGGUCCGGGCUGGGCUCCGGGCUGAGCCAGCUGCGGGCGGGGGGCAGGCUGUCGGCCGGUUCUGGCUCCAGUAUCUCGGGGGGCCUCCGCCUGGGCCAGCUCGGCCAGAUGGGCACCACCACCGACUCGCUGUCUCAGCAGCAGCAGCAACAGGCCGCCGCCAUGCGCUACCCGCUUUCCUUCCAGAACCCCCUCUUCCACCUGGCGACGGCCGACGGCCCUCAACACCAGCACGGCCGGGGCCCCCCGGCGCCGCUGCUCCUGGCCCCAGAGCCGGACGCCUCUCACCAGUCCUACAUCCCACAGUUCGCCCACGGGGGGUUCUCCCGCAGCGAGGACCUGUCCACCCUCCGGACCCGGGACACCCACCUCGGCCAGCCCAGCAUCAUCCACUCCCACAGCUACAGUGACGACUACACCCGCGCAGACUUCGCCCGCAGGCAGAUGUCCAUGCACGCGCAGGAGAACCUUCAGCAGAUGGGCAUGACCUCUCAGACCGGGACCUCCCACUCAUCUCUGGCGACCACGCCCCCCUCCACGGUGCAGCCGAUGCGGCAGAGCUCCGUGGCCCCGCCCCCCGCGCAGCGCAUGAAGUCUCAGACGUCUCACCAGCUGUCGGUGAGCUCGGCCGCGGCUCCGCCCCCCGCCAAAACCCGCCCCCCGAGCGCCAACCUGCUGCAGUCUCCGGAGUCGGCCUACACCCGGCAGCACUCGCGCCAACUCUCCGUCAAAGACAACACCGCCCCGGGUCUGCCCCACCAGCAGAGCUCUGCCCGGGAGAGCCAGAGCCCCCAGGGCACCACCAGCCCCAGCGCCCAGCACUCGCCUCAGCAGCAGAUGCCCCAGAAGCACCUGCUCAAACCCAGCAUGGCCAAACCGAUUUCCCAAACCCCACAGACGCUGAGCGCACCUGCCAACGAGCGCACUGUGGCCUGGGUGUCCAACAUGCCGCACCUGUCGGCCGACAUCGAGAGCUCCAGGAUCGACCGGGAGGAGUUCAAACUGAAGGAGUACUCCAAAAGCAUGGACGAGUCCCGCAUGGACCGGGUGAAGGAGUACGAGGAGGAGAUCAACUCUCUGAAGGAGCGUCUGCUCAUGUCUCAUAAGAAGUUGGAGGAAUAUGAACGACGCCUCAUGAGCCAAGAACAACAAACCAACAAGAUCCUGCUGCAGUAUCAGAACCGACUGGAGGACAGCGAGAGGAGACUGAGGCAGCAGCAGGUCGAGAAGGACUCACAGAUCCAGGGCAUCAUCAGCAGACUCAUGGCCGUGGAGGACGAGAUCCGAGGAGGAGGAGUCAACGAGCCAAAGAGUCGGAUAUUCGCAGACCAGGAGGCCCAGCUUCCCUCCAUGGGUUCAGCAGACCCCGGUGUGAGGCACUCUGAAGGGGGAGCAUCCGGAGCAGAGAGCCGGCCUCGGACGUCGGCGGGCGACGCCUCCGACCGCACCCCCCAUAACGGAGUCCCUCCCUCUGUGCCCACGCCACUCCAACAUCACAGCCCAAACGGAGAGCUCCAUGGCAACCAAACCCCCUCCCCCGUAGCGACCAGGCAGGUUACCACGGCAACAAGCAGUGUCUCAGAGACGUGUCCGACGCCGCGCUGAGCCCGUCAGAGAGAGACUGUCCGGACUUUUCAAAGGGCUCACACGAACGGGGUUCCACAGCUGCUCGUCUUGCGGGACAAGACGCUGCCCCCUGCUGUUCGGCUCGAGCUGCAGCAGAAACAGCAAACACCAUA